GUCGACUUGGAUGGAAAUGUCAAAGUAACACACAUUGAAACCACACAUACGGAAUAUGCGUCGACUAUAGUCUAUUUGUUUACAAUACGUCGACGGCAUUGAAAUAACUUUAUCGAGAGCGAAAAAAAAACAAUUUUGGUCUGUAGCUAAAUUUUGGAAUCAUCAUUGAUGUGUAAAUUGGCGACACACUGUUGUCAAAUUGGUGUAGCACAAAAGAAUAAUCACGAAAAUUUAAAGUGAAAAGAAAAAUGGUUGUACGCACAAAGAGCGAACUAGUCCAGUGUUGGGCUCGUAUCAGUGUAUGCUUUUGAUGAACAUUCGUUCUGCAACAUUUAGUUUAAACGUACAAAAGUGCUCGGAUGUGCAAUGUCUGUGCUUGUUUUUGUUAAUUUUUUCGAUGGUGUUCGUUCAAUAGACUAGAAUUUUCAAAUGAUUUAGUUUUUUUUUGAUUUUGUGUUUCGACAUUCUGGAUGAAAACAAUAACAACAACAACAACAACACAGAAAGAGUUAGAGAAAAAAGAAAAAAAAAAAACAAAAAAAACACUAGGUAAAUGUGUCGUAAUGAAAGAGAGUCGACGGGGAGAUUCUUUUCGGUUUGAUAUGCGGAAAAGUGUCGAAGUGCAAGUUGGUAGUGAUUUUGCUCUUUUGUUGCCCAGUGGGGCUUAUGAAAUUAAAAAAAUGCAGCCUCGCCGCAGGCUUCGGGGAAUCGUUUUUGUUUGUUUGACGCUUGCCGUCGCUGGCAUCAUUGGUUUUGGUUACUUUUGUCCCGAACAAGUAUGUGCGCUGACCAAACGUGGUGCAGUUUCAUCGGAAGUGGGCUUUACUAGUGCACUUCAAAUAACAUUAGGAAAAUUGCGAGAACAAAUGGGUGCAAUACCUGGCCUUAGCUAUGACGAUGUAUUAAAAGAUGACUUUCAAUUCGAUAUGGAUGCGCAUGAUGUUAUGGUCUUUCUGCAUAUUCAGAAAACGGGCGGAACAUCGUUUGGCAAGCAUUUAGUACAAGAUUUGGACCUGAAGCGUCCUUGUGAAUGCCAACGAAAGCGCAAACGUUGUUAUUGCUUUCGAACACAUCGAAAUGAAAAUUGGCUUUUUUCACGAUAUUCAACGGGUUGGAAGUGUGGCCUUCAUGCAGACUGGACGGAGCUGACGAGCUGUGUCGAUCGUGAACUGAACAAAAAUGAAGGAGAAAUUGCCAAACGACGAUAUUUCUAUAUCACAAUCUUACGUAAACCGGUCGUUCGGUAUUUAUCUGAGUUUAGACACGUACAACGUGGAGCCACAUGGAAAACAGCUAGACACUGGUGUUUGGGACGACAAGCCACUGCCAAUGAACUGCCACCAUGUUAUAAUGGCGAAACCUGGGUGGGUGUGAAUUUGGAGGAGUUUAUGGAUUGCGAUAGCAAUUUGGCGACAAAUCGACAAACACGAAUGUUAUCGGAUUUAGCGUUGAUCGGAUGCUACAAUAAGUCUUCGAUGCCGGCUCACGAUCGUGACCGUAUCAUGUUAGCCAGUGCCAAAAGAAACUUAGCAGCCAUGUCAUAUUUCGGAUUGACUGAAUAUCAAAAGAUAUCUCAAUACGUUUUUGAGGAAACGUUUAAUUUACGCUUUGCCAUACCAUUCGAACAGCAUAACACCACUGUAUCAAGUUCAACGUUACACCAUUUGACGCCGAAACAGGAAGCCAAAGUGAGAGAGUUGAAUGCACUGGACAUUGAACUGUAUGAGUUUGCCAAGAAGUUGCUGUUUCAACGAUUCGAAAAGCUGAAAGCCAAAGAUGUGAAUUUCGAUGAACGUUUCAAUCAUUUGGGUUUGCUAUCCGGCAAGAAUGGUGUUACUGAAUUCAAUUGGGAUCGUAAUUUAGACGAAACAAACUGAGCGCUGUUUUCUCACAACAAUACAACCAUUGAAUGCGACAAAAUGAAAUGACACUCGACACAAUAAGAAGAGAACAAAUUGUUCGAGACGAAGAAAAAACAACACAAAGAGAACGACGGAGACGGAGACGGAGAAAGCAAACACAUUUUCCAGUGACGAAUAUUGAUUGUGAUAAAUUUUUGGAAUACAGGCAGAUAGGUCAAGUGUUUGAAAAGAGUUUCGAGUUGAGAGUGUGGCAUUAGGGAAGGUGGGGCGCAUUUUUUUUCGAAUGGAAGUGGUCGUUGAAUUGAACAGAACAAACAUUUUUAACAAAUAUAUAUAGAGACGAUUCUUCCGCGCAAAAUUCGUUUCGCACGCGUUUCACAAAUCAGCACAAAUAGAGAGAUAUAUUUUUUCAUAAAGUCGACAGCGCACGCACCCUUUUCUUUUCGAAUUUCACAAGACGUUUCCUGAACUCGAAAUAAUUACAAAGAAAAAUCGUUGAAACAAAUCCGCCUCAUAUUUUAAUCAUGACCGAAUUGAGUAUUGACAGCAGCAAGAGAAAAAAAGAAGAAAAUAUCAUCGAAAUUCCGCUAAAUCCAAUGCGGAUCUUAUUUGAAUGACUUUAUGGAAUGCUCUAAUUAAAUCAUCCUGAGAAUUCUCAUACACAACAAUUCGAUCUAAUUAACAACCAUGAUAGAAGAUGCAUAUAUUUUUUGAAGCAGACGAAGAAAAAAAAUCGAAAGAUAAUCAUGAACCGUAAUAUUUAGACACACAACAGUCACAGAGUGAAUAAGGCAUUCUUAGAUUUAAUUGAACAACAAACAUCGCGCAACAAAAUAAACCAACAAAUGAUGUAGUUAUUACUUUUUAAUUAUGAUUAUAACGAGUUUGUUCUAAAAACAGAACCGGCGUAUAUAAGCAAAUAUCUCAACCUUCAUUUGCCAAAGACUAAUUUAGUUUGUAUCAAUCAAGUUUUUAUCGAUAUAAGUUUUUCGCAACACGUUCAAUACGUUUCAUUGUGCGUAACUCAACAAACAAAUGAUUAGCAUUUUAUGUAGCGAAGUCACCAAAACACACAAUUUAUCAUAUACAUUUUAAAGACUAACUAGGCGACAUUUAAUUUUAGUCAUAUUACGUUUCCUUUCAUAUCAGUCAGAGAUUUCUUCUCAUUUUGACCAUAAUUUUUUUUUUUUUUCGAAUCGAUGAGCAGCGAAAAACGGCUAAUUAUGUCUGUAUUAUUUCAGUACCAUAGAAUGUAUAUGCUCAAUGCAUUUAAACAAAGAAAAUCAACCAGCUGUCUCCGUUCUACAAACAAACAAACUGCUAUUUUAUGAAGCCAUUUUUUAUAACAAAAAAAAGAACCUGUAACUGAAAUUAGAAAAAGGAAAUAAAAUAACAUAAAAUAAAAGACAUAAA